CAAUUUACAUGCCAACUAAAAAAAUGCACACUUCUUGAAGAAACAUUUUUGCAUGUCAGAUUAGUUCUGAUCCUUGCGCAAUGGGAGUCAUAUUCGCACUAUUUUUAUCACUACUUUACUCUAUUAUAAUAGUGUACGUUUUAUAUCUCAUCAAAAAGUAUACUGAUAAGAAAUAUUUUAAUAAGUACCUUCAUAAUAUUCCUGGACCAAAGCCACACGUCUUUUUCGGAAAUGCUAUGGAAUUUGUCCCUGGCCACAAAGGAGUGGUGCUUGGGCUCUAUAAACUAGUCAAAAUGUUGUUAACCCCGCUAUCUACAAGAUCGACUAAAGCAGGUCAAUCGCAAAAAGUCCAAAAAACAGUUAGAACAGCGGACUUUAACACGAAACUGGCAGUGACACCACGCGACCAUAAUGGCACUCUAUAAUCUGUCAAAUUUUCACGUUACGAGUUUUUUCAUACCGAAGUUCUGCUCAAAUGAUGCCAAAAUGCCACGCGAUUAUAAACGAACGACUGAUGGGCAAUCUUGGAGUACGGAGUCAAUGAAAAAAGCCAUCGAGGCCAUUCGAGAUAAGAAAAUGGGCUAGUUAUUGGCUUCAAAAACAUUUGGUGUUCCUCAAGCUACUCUUCGCAGGCAUGUUUUAGGCACUAAUAAAACUUUGGAGUCAAAGUCAAAAGGCCUUAGUUGUUGCAAAGCUACCUUUCCAGCUAAUGUAGAAAAGCAAUUAGUUGAGCAUAUAAAAUUCCUUGAAAGUCGUUUGUUCGGAUUGACACUAGCAUCGGUAGAAGAAUUAGCUUUUCAGAUGGCUGAGAAAAACGGUUUCGCUCAUAAAUUUAAUAUCCAAAAGCAAAAGACAG